UCCACUGACGUCUUCCGCUUUCAGUGACAGGAUUAGUCUAUGCAUGUAACUUUAAGGAGUCAACAUUUUUUUUGUGUUCCGUAUACAGAGAUCGUGGACGUGCAUCUUGACAAUAAACAUUCUGGACAUUUUAGAGUGGUUUUGGCAACAUUUUGGGUGGGGAUGGCGGAGGGAAGUGGCACUGCGGUGAACGAUUUGCCUCCCGGAGAUCCGCAGCUAAUAGGCCUUAUCGUGGAGCACCUGAAGAGCAGAGGACUUUUCGACGAGUUCCGUCGAGAUUGUCUGGCUGAUGUUGACACGAAGCCAGCCUAUCAGAACUUACGACAGAAGGUGGACAACUUCGUGUCCUCGCACCUGAAUACCCAAGAGUGGAAUCCAACGAUCAACAAAAACCAAAUGCGCAACGGACUCAGACAAAGCGUUGUACAGUCGGGCAUGCUGGAGUCCGGUGUGGACAGGAUCAUCACGCAGGUGGUGGACCCCAAGCUGAACCACAUCUUCCGGCCCCACAUAGAGAACGCCAUUCACGAUUUCCUCUCCGAUGACAGGAAGGAGGAGGCGGCCCCCGCUGCACCCCCGCCUGAGGCAGAGCAGCAGGAGGUCCCCAGCACCCUGCCCAAAACUCCCUGAGGUGAAGGACAGAACGGCGAACGUGCUGCUCCACUGUGAACGUCUCUCAUGCUGCCUGUCCGGCUGAACCCGCCUGUUCCAAAACGUCGUCAAAAAAAACGCAACGGUGGAACGAGAGAGAGAGUGAUGCAAAAUGGCUACUGUGUUGCAAAUGCCCACCCCCCCCCCCAUCCCACUCCUCACCCCUCCUUCCAUAAGUGGGAUGAGCGUGGUGCCCCCCCCGGGUGGGUGUGGCUGCUUCCUGGAGGAUGGGGAGGGCAUGCUGGGAAAAUGGGGGGGGGGGGAACUCGAAGCGUUUCCUCUUUGUGCAGAAGACCGAAAUGUGCACAAAUCACACGGAUCUCAUGCUCUAUGGAAAUGUGCUUUUCUGAUGCCACUUAAUAAUAAUAAUAAUAAUAAUAAUAAUAACAACAAUGCUACCCAUUGUGGUUUUUUGCUUUGUCAUACAAACAGUUAUUUUUCUGCAUUUGAUUCCUCCCUUUUUAAUUAGGAAAAACAGACCUAGCCUUGGCAUUCUUACAGGGGGUUGUGCUUUCUGUUCUGUUUCAUCUUGCCUUAGACAACAUGCAGUACCCUUGGGGAAUUUCUUUUUUUUUUGUGAGUGUGUUUCUUUUGUCAAUAAAUGAGUUUGCAAUGAAAA